AUGCAGGCCACCGUCACUCUCCCUGAGGAGAUCCGUUGGCUCCUGGAAGAUAGUGAAGAGUUCCUGUUGGAAGGUUUACGCAAUGAGAACCUCAGUGCUGGUGCAAGAGACCACAGAGACCACAUUCUACGGGGCUUUCAGCAACUCAAAGCGAGGUACCACUGGGAUUUUCAACCUCAAGGGGGAGACCAAGCUGAAAGUUACUUUGGACAGGACAGCUCUGAUGACAAUCACAGUGGAACUCAUGGUCCUUCCCUAAUGUCAGAUGCACCUGUUCUGUCAGAUUAUCAGGAUGAGGGAAUGGACGGUAUCGUAAGAGGAGCUCAAAAACUUGAUAACAUCAUCAAGCAAGGAUAUUUGGAGAAGAAAAGCAAAGAUCAUAGUUUCUUUGGACCAGAGUGGCAGAAGCGAUGGUGUGUUGUCAGCAGAGGCCUCUUCUACUACUACGCUAAUGAGAAAAGCAAGCAGCCCAAAGGGACCUUUCUCAUUAAGGGCUACAGUGUACGGAUGGCCCCCCAUCUGCGAAGAGAUUCCAAGAAAGAAGCCUGCUUUGAACUGACCUCACAGGAUAGGCGCAGCUAUGAGUUUACAGCUUCUAAUCCAGCUGAAGCCAGAGACUGGGUGGAACAAAUAAGCUUCUUGCUAAAGGAUCUGAGCUCCUUAACCAUUCCCUGUGAAGAUGAGGAGGAAGAAGAAGAGGAAGAAGAAGAGAUGUAUGAUGAUAUUGAUGGUUUUGAGGGCCCAAAUUGUGGUCCCCAAAGCAGAUCUAUUACCUCAUCUGAGAGUAUGGGGAUAAAAGAAUCUGUGGAGGAGAAAGAAGAAGAAGAAGAUAUUUAUGAAGUCUUACCAGAUGAAGAGCAUGAUCUGCUUGAGGAUGAGGUCGGCGCUCGGCGGAGAGGUGUGGACUAUGCCAGUUAUUACCAGGGCCUAUGGGAUUGCCAUGGUGACCAGCCAGAUGAACUCUCCUUCCAGCGGGGUGACCUCAUCCGAAUUCUGAGCAAGGAAUAUAACAUGUAUGGCUGGUGGGUAGGAGAACUGAACAGCCUCGUUGGGAUUGUUCCAAAGGAGUAUCUCACCACUGCCUUUGAACUGGAAGAAAGUUGA